AAAGAUGAUGAUAUCCAAUUACGGAGUAUUUCAAUACUUUUAUUAUUAAUAAUAAAAAUUUAUAUAAUUAAGAAAUAAAUAAAAGUUGUGAUGCAUUCAAUAAAUCGAAUUGAAACGUAAUAAAAGUUUGAUAUAUAAACAAGUCCUUAAUUGUUAAAAUAGGAGUAAAGCUUAAAAUUUCUCCAAAUAUGAGUUGAUUUGUAGUUGAACAGAAAUGUCCGCGGAGUUUGGCAAACCUACUGCCACCGAAAAACAUGGAUUGUCGUCACAGAUCCGGCAUCCACCGCUACAUAUCUUGCCGAUGUCGCUGAUGCCAAACUUUUAUCAGAACGCCAACCUGAAUCGAGAAUGACAUCUUAAUGGCAUUUUCAAAGGAGAAUAUGACAUUUUCAAAAGAAAAUAUGUCAUCUUAACAGCCUCCAUCGCUCGUCGUCGCUCCUUCGCCUCUUGCUGCCGCUCGCUUUUGCUUGCAUCUAAUCGUUGGCAUUGAUGAGCUCACUGUUGCAGACUUGCAACCAGAGCGGCAAAGAACGGCGAAUCAGUGAUGCACUGUUGAAACUAAUUAGAGGGGUAAAAUAAGUAUAAUAAUUCUAUUUGGGGAAUAAAAAUAUAUUUACUCCAAUUUAAGAAUUUAAACAACAUUUAAGUCCAAUUUAGGGCAAAACUCCCUUUGUAUAAGCUUAGGGUUAAACUGUCAUGAUUUUCAUAUUUUAUUACAAGUGAAAGACCAGAUACGCUUAACUGCGCCUUCAACCAUGCUAUCAUCCCCCAAGUUUAAUUUAAAUCACCUAAAAACAAAAACAAUUUCUAGCCGUUAUAGUCUUCUCUCCCCUACUGCCCAGCUUCCAGCUUCUCGGUUUCCCGUCUGUUGAUCUUUAUUGUCUUCGAUCACAAUUUCUUGAUUUUCUGCAGACCUUAUCAUCAUAGUUUUUCUCAAGAAGAAUAUGAACUCUGUGAAGGGAAAGCUACUGAAGAAAUUGAAGACAAUAAAAACGAUUGGGUAUUUGAGGCCAGAGAGUAUCACCCUUCAAGAAAAAGAAUUCAAGAAGAAUCUUCAACCCACAUUGGAAGAGUGUCCGGAAAUCAAUGACGUUCCUGAGCUGAUGGGAGACCUUAAAGGUGAGGAAAUGGUGGGUCUUUAUAAUGGAUUCGACUAUAAAGAAAACAUUAGGCCGAAAUUGAGUUAUUCGAAGCCCAAGAUUGAAGCUUUUGGGGGUAAACCCUUGCCUGAUAAUGAUGUGUCGAUUUUCCGGCGACCUGAUAUGAAUUCCGCCACUCUAUUCGACCCCAACCUUCUUGCAGCUUUUGAGCAGGCAGUGAUUGCAGUAAAAGCUUUGGAAGCGGAGAGAAUGGCAAUAAUUGAAGAAACAAUUGAUCAGAUAAUCAAAGAAGAAGAAGAAGAAGAAAAUGGAGGGGUAUUUUCGGGAUUCGAAGAAAGAUGCCCUCCGGGAGGCUCUGAUUCAGUGAUUCUAUACACAACAGGGCUUAGAGGGAUCAGGAAGACAUUCGAGGACUGCCAAAGGAUUCGGUUCCUUCUCGAAAACUUUCAGGUUACGUUUUUCGAGAGGGACGUUUCUAUGCAUAGAGAGUACAAGGAAGAACUAUGGAGGGUUAUGGAGAGAAAGGUGGCUCCCCCAAGGCUGUUCAUCAAGGGGAGGUACAUAGGGGGAGCUGAAGAAGUGGUGGGGUUGCAUGAAAAGGGGAUGUUUAAGCCCCUUCUUAAAGGCAUUCCACUUGAUGUGUCUCCAGGUCAAUGUGAUGGUUGUGGUGGGGUUAGGUUUGUUUUGUGUUUCAACUGCAAUGGAAGCACAAAAGUUCUCGAUGAUCGUGGCGGCGAUGAUGGUGGAGAUAGGGGUGGUGAAUCAGUGAGAUGUCCAGCUUGUAAUGAGAAUGGGCUUCUUGUAUGCACUUUGUGUUCUUUGAGUUGAAGUAUUGAAUUCAUUCUUUGUUCACAUCCACCACUAUGAUGUAACUUCUGUAUACAUUUUUGUUAGUUAGUGUUUCUUCAUUGUUACUGUAAUAUUUGGUUUAUUUUAUUUAUUCAUUUAUAAAUCAGCUAUAUACAAUCUAUGCAAGUUUUUUUAUACGAAACUCCAUCAUCCGAUUUGUAAACAGCUAGCCUCAAAAGUGAGUUACUAUAUACAACUUUUGUUUCAUUUGUUAGCAUAAAGUAGUUAUGCAAAAGGUUUUUGUAAAUUAAAGAAAAGGAUAGCACAGAUGGAGUGUGGUUAUGAAAACAUGAGAAAUAUUGCCC